UGUAUUCUUACUCCAAUUGUCCGAAUGUCAUAAAAAUAUCAAAAGAAUGUAAUUUAAUGAAUCAGAAUAAAAACUUUUUGGGUAAAAUUGACCAAAAUCAACAAAGGCUUGGUGAAAAACCAAAGCUUUUGCGGUCCAUCAAUUCUUUAAAUACUAGUACGAGGAAUCUCAGCAAGGAGACUUCGAUUGGAGAGUCAAAAGUACAAGGAGAUAAAUCUGCAUCAAGCUGUUCACAUGUUUUUGAACCUAAACAGUUUUGGGAAGUGGCUUCCGUAUUGCAUCCAAGCAAUCAAAAGACGUUUUACUCUCUACCUGUUGGAUCUGAAACUGGAUUUGUUUACAAAAUUGAUCUACAAAGCGAGCUAAAUUGGAUACUUACAAAGCAAUUAUCGUCUGGACUUAACAGGGAGGUCUUCUUGGUUACCAAUUCAAAAACCUCCUCCAUAGGGCACUUAGUAAUAAAGAAACUUUCAUGUGUUUCUAAGUCACAACGUUUGGCUUCUUAUGCGUUCAAAGGAUUUCAACAGGAAAUCCGAGUACUGUGUUCUUUACGACAUCGUGGAAUUGUUCAUCUCAUCAAUUAUUACCUUUCUCCUUUAAAUGGUUUUCUGGCGGAAUCAUUCUAUGAAGGGGGCGACCUCUACGAAUGUACCAAAUACUUUUAUACCGAUUUUUCUCCAGAGUUUGUAGGUAGAAUCUUUGCUGAAAUAGUCCAUGCCGUCGCUUAUUUACACGAUCAACUGCUUGUACAUCGUGACCUAAAGCUGGAAAAUAUUUUAUUGACUAAGAAAUAUGAGGAUCUCAGAGAAGUUAAAGGUUUACAAUUUUACCAACUUCCUUUAAUUAAAGUGUCUGAUUUUGAAUUCUCUAAAUUCGUCGAUAAGGAAAGUCAUAUAGUACAGUCUGAGUGUGGCAGUCAAGAAUACUCAGCACCAGAAAUCUACAUGGGUCUGGCUCACGAUGGAUUUAAAGCUGAUUGCUGGUCGUUGGGUAUUCUCUUAUUUUCAAUGAUAGAAGGCCGUUUGCCUUUUGAUGCUAUACCACCUUUUGAAGAUCCACCUGACAUACGUAUCAAAAGAUAUGUCCAAAGGUUAGUUCGUUUAACUUAUAAUUGGAUUCGAUGUAAACCACCAAAAAAGCAGGAACAUGAACUCAGCGAUAAUUCAGCCUCCUACUCUUUGGAUCUAUGGAUUGAAGCACGCGAUCUAGUUCAAUCUUUGCUUGUGCAUAGGGAUCAUCGCCCAUAUUCUCAAGAAAUAUUAAAAAAUUCAUGGAUACGGAACAGCUUUAGUUGCAAUUCUUAGUCUAAGCACAGAAUAAUAUUUCAUUGAACACUGGAUA